CGUUGGGGUUUUUUUUCCUGUUAAUUACUCUUGUAAAGGAGGUAGGAAAGAAUAUGAAAGGUUUUAAGACAUGUAGCUAGACUUGAAUGCUCCGAUUCAAUUACAGGUUCAUUUUCACUUUACUUCAGCCAUUGUAAUUACAUAUUAAGAGCAUGUUCAAAGGAACUGUUCAGUCUAAGAUGACUAGCAACAAGCUCUUAUAAAGAAUUAUUUUUUUUAUAUCAGCCACAAAUCAAGUAUCUCGCUCCUUGAGAAGAGUUGCAAACACACCUACAUUUAGACACUUCUUUUCACAUCAUAAGUUGUUUUUAAAACAGCUAUUGACUUUAGAAAUGUCUUUUGAAAAGCCCACCAUCUAAAUCAUGCCUUUAAUUGCAAGAAGCUUCUAAAAGAGAAAUUUUUUGGUUCUAUGCCACUAAAGCGGCAUGAUCUUGUAGUACAUAUUUAGUUUCAGUCCAUAAACACAAAAAGCUCAAGUCUUCUACACUUUAACAAGGACCCUCGCAUCAUUAGAAGAGCCCUUGUGUAAUAAAGCAUUUCAUAAGGGCAGUUUUCUUGGCCUUGAGACUCUCUGUGCCUAUAGUUCAUGAACUGGGAAUCUUCUCCAGGAACAUAGAAGUACACUCAGAACGAAACAUUCAGAGAUGUUGGGUUGAAAAUUUAAAAGGAAGAAUCAUCAGUCUUGUUAUGAUUGGAGUGUUUGAACAUUCAGUCACUCGACAUCACAGUUAUGUCUCGGUUCGGAAGAGUUUAUGGGACCCCAAGGCAUUCACAAACAUCUCAUUCAAGAUUUAAAGUUUUGUGAAUUGGAGCAAGGAUCACUUCUCAGUUGCAGUUAAGCACCUUUUCCCUUAGUUUAAGGGAGCACAAACAGCCACUAUAAAGACCAUUCCCAUGAUCUAAUUCACCAUCCAAAAGGCUGACGGACAUUCACUGCAGGUAAAACAAACCUGCUCUAGCACAGCAUAGACAUAGUUAAUUAGGACAAGUUAAGCUUGUUCAAGGAAGUGGUUCACUGAAGAGCUCAGGCACAGAAAUCAGCAGCCCCACAAAUCUAUCGAGAAGUGUGGGUUUCUCAUUAGAUUUCCAGCUAAGCCCCAUGCCGGAUCACGUUCAAAUUCUUACGAGUGCUGGGUAGCUUCCCGUCACAUCUGGUAUGGCUUUUCAACUGCACGUUGAAUAAUGCCAAAUACAAAGCAGGUUAAGGAUUCCAUCAAGAUUUAGUAAUUGAAAAGGUGUUUAUAAAUAAUGUGUUUGCAAUUUUGCUGGCUCCAGAGAGAUACAGAAUUAAUAUGUAAAUUAUUUCCAAGCUGCCUUUAUCAUUUAUCAGUGCUGAAGAGAGUAGUGUGUCAAGAGACUAGGCUCAAGUUGAAUCUCAAUAUACCAUAAAUAUGUGAAAAGAAUUUUUUUCCCCCCGACCCCAUCCCCAUUUCUACAAUUCAUAGGAACCCAUCUAUUUCACUCUUGCAUGUCCCAGUGUCUUUCAGUUUGCAUAAAGACAGAGCACUGUGGCCAAGCUGCAGCACUUAAAGAAGUAUCCUAAGCCUCAGUGUUGGUCUAGUUUUGGAAAUUACUUCUUAAGAGCUGUUGCUCCCAUGCUGAGCAACCUUCCAUGUAUUCCCAGGUCGCUCUUGUGGCUGUGGUUUCCCACAACUGAUGUGUCUUUGUCCAUCUGGGUUUCUUUGUAAUGAGGUGACUUUCCUUUUUCCCUUGCAGAGUCCCAGUUCAGAAGGAAAAGGAACAACCACACCUGCAGCUGUAGCUCAGGCUGCACUUGUACGAAGGUGUUCGUUAACCACGCAAAUCCUACCGUUGCUGCUCAAAGAAGUUCCAUCUGCAGAUUCCAGACCUUUCAAAGCACCAGCCAGAUUCAGAAGAUCACACUCUCCUUUUCACUGAGGGAACUAGAAGGCAAGGUGUUUAUUCCACUGCUCCUAGGCUGGAAGGGCUCCCCUGCGUGGUCUAGACCUGCAAGUAAUCUGCAAUAAUGCAGCAGAUACUGUUUGUUUCCUUUAUGUCCACCAGUUUUGCUACAUGCAAAAAUCAGAAAAGACUUGUUCAAGAUGUAGAUUGUUCAGAUAUGGAAAGGAGUCAAGGAAUUAUAACAGGACUCACAAGUACAACUGCAAGACUCUUAAGAAGAUUGGAGAGACAGGUUUCACAACAGACCGAGCACCCAAAUGCCAUUUAAGACAGCUACGUGGACCGGCUGUCCCAAAAUUUGACAACACGGCGGAGAACAGAGGCGGGAUAAUCUGCAACUCGCACACCAUACUUAAGCAGAAGAUUGUCCAGAAGUGUGUCCAUUGUUCUGAUGCUGCUGAGAGUGCUGCUUCAUCUCGUCAAAUGCCACCCCCGGAUGACAGACAGACAAGUGAGAAGACAAUUUCCAGUUUUACUGCUAUGAUAGACAAACGCUGCAAGCAAACAGAUGCUGUGACGUACUUGGGGGAAGAGCUGGACCAAACUCACCCCCGGCCCCUGCCAAAAUCUGACAGUAUGAAUUGGAGAACAAUAAUAUAUGUGAUUUUAUCGGUGAGCCUUACUGUAGUCAAAGCCCUGCCUAGAAGUUAUCGGGACAUAGAGGAAAAAAACAGCAUUGGCCAACGUUUUUCUCAGCUGCAGGAGAAGAAUUUUAAGGCCAUUGCCAUGAUCAUGUUUGCUCAGUACGUGCAAGGAGGCACGUUUGGCAAAGCAGUGAAAAUGGCCGAAGCUGUGACAGACCUUGCCAGAAGCUGUGCCGCUGCAGCCAGAGACAGCCCCGAGUGCCUGAAGCCUUUGGACAGGAUUUUCCUCGAUACAAUAUGCCAGGAGGAAAAUCUUCCUAAGUUUACUGACUGCUGUGCUAAAAAGGAUCCUGAAAGAAAUGACUGCUUCCUCUCCCUUAAAAAUUCAUCGAGAGGGUUCAUUUCUCCUUUCGAAAGGCCAAAUGUUGAAGCUGCCUGCAAGAAUCAUUCACAGCAUCAGCAUUCAUUAACAGGAUAUUUUAUCUAUGAGGUUUCCAGAAGACAUCCUUUCCUCUACGCCCCGACUAUCCUUUCUGUCGCUCUCCGGUACGACGAGAUGAUGAAGAACUGCUGUGGAAGUGCUGAAGGCCACGCUCAUAACCUGGAGGAAUGCUUUCGGAGCCAGGCACCAGAGGUGGUGAAGCCAGUAAGAGAAGAUGGGCUGAGGCAGGAACACACAUGCGGAAUCUUGAAGAAGUUUGGAGAAAGGACCUUAAAAGCUCUGAAACUUGCUCAGAUAAGCCAAAAAUUCCCAAAAGCUGAUUUUGUUACUGUUACCAAACUUGUGACGGAUAUCACUAACAUGCACAAGGACUGCUGUCGGGGAGAUAUGCUGGAGUGUAUGCACGACAGGGAAGAGAUUCUAUACUACGUCUGCACCAACCAAGACAUCCUCUCAAGUAAAAUCAAGAAGUGCUGCGAAAAGCCUCUCUUACAAAGAAGUGAAUGCAUAGUUCAUGCAGAAAAUGAUGACAGACCUGCAGGUUUGUCGCCCCACGUCAGGGAGUUUAUAGAAGACAAAGGAAUAUGUGAACGUUUUGCCCAGGAAAAAGACGCGCACUUAGCCAGGUUUCUGUAUGAAUACUCCAGGAGACACCCUGAGUUCUCUGCCCAAAUGCUUUUAAGAAUCGGUAAAGGAUACGAGGACCUGCUGAAAGAGUGCUGCAAACCCGGUGCUCCGGCCGACUGCUGCAGCAGAGGGGAGGAAGAACUGAAGAAACAUAUUCAUGAAACUGAAAGUGUCAUGAAGACGAGCUGUGACAUUUACAAGGCGAAAGGAGACUACUAUUUCCAAAACGAGCUUCUCAUGAGCUUCACCAAGAAGAUGCCUCAGCUGACAUCUGCAGAGCUGAUAAAAUUCACCAAGCAAAUGACUACAAUUGGCUCCAAAUGCUGCCAGUUAAGCCAGGACAAGCUACUGCCUUGCGCCGAGGAAAACCUGGAUCUCGUGCUUGGAGAAAUAUGCAGAAGACACCUGACUGACCCUAUAAACGCAGGAGUUUGCCACUGCUGUAGCAGCUCCUACGCUCUCAGGAGGCCGUGCAUGGGGAAACUAGAAAUCGAUGAGAAUUACGUGCCCUUAUCGUUGACCCCGGGGCUGUUCACUUUCCACGAAGACUUGUGUACAAUUGAAGAGGAGAAGUUACAGCACAAGAAGCAGGAAAUGCUCGUCAACCUCAUCAAGUACAAGCCCCAGAUCACACAGGAACAGCUGACCUCCGUCACAGCGGCCUUCGCUGCCAUGAGGGAACAGUGCUGCAAAGACGACAGCCGCGAGGCAUGCUUUGUGAAAGAGGGUCCAGAACUUAUAAAAAGAAGUGAAAAACUGUUGUCGGCGUAAAGAGCUUGCGUAACGUAUUGCAAGGUACUUCUGAAUUACAGGAAGUCACACAAACCUAACAGCGAGCGUCUCUUUUCCAAAUGUUCCUGAGGUAUAAACAGGAUCAUAUUGUUUGUCAUAGCAGAGAAAACCUCCUGGUGGCUCUUUACUCACAAAUCUAAUGACGGGUUACACCUGCCACGGUUCUGCCACUCUGAUCUGCUGCUGGGGGCAAGGUAACACAGGUGCCUCAGAAUAAAACGUCAAAUUUCCACAUAGAUUCUGCUGAGCUGUGGAACUGUAAAGCCUGGUCUGCUCGCAGAGCUCAGCUUACCCCAAAAUUAAACAUGGUUAUCUGUUUUAUUCAGAUGGGGGAGAAACCCAUAUGCAAGCUUCGCCUCUGGCUUCCACCACUUUGAUUCAAAAUUAUUAAGGAUACAAAAAAUUUAAACGAAAAAAAUAGCCUCAAGCCAUUUUAAGUCCAGAGAGAGGGUGCAUCACCUAAAAGAAACUGACCAAACGAUUAAGUUAAAUGGAUGGAAAUUCAGGGCUUAGACGUGGCCACCAUCUUAUGUUACAGAAUAUUAUCUCUUAUACCAAAUAGUCACAGACACCAAGGAAAAAAAAAGUUAUUUUAAAUCUUAAGGUUUCAAAGCAUAAACAUAAAUGAAAUCAAGUUAAGAAAAUCUGCCUGUAACUGCCUCUAAAUUAUUUUUCAAUCACCAAAUAAUUGUUUUUGCAUUUUUAUAGCACUGUCCUUGAGAUACAACUCACUGAUGUGGGCUGCUCUAAGGGAGUUGCCUUUAAGCACAGGAAAAGAUUACUUUGGGCAUCCCAAAGAGGGUGAGAAAAAAGUGAAACGAGCGAAAUGUCACAGAAAGGACAGAUGAACUGCUGAAACGCCUGGUCAGCAGACGAGCGUUUGGGAAAGCAGCAGAAGGCUGCCAGAUUUACACUCCAGGUGGUUUGGCACAAAACCAGCUUUUGGGUUCUUGAUUUGUUUUUACAUUAAAAGAAGCGAGAAGGCAUGUUAAAAAUCAUAUGUCAAAGCCAGUAUUCAUAGCAAGGAGGUUUUUUCGCUGGAAACCUUUGACUCUAAAGCAGAUACACACAGGUAUCUGAUUCUUUUGGUGGAUAUCCCUAGCAGUAAUUAUCAUAGGAGCAUUUCAAAAUAUCUGUAAGGUAAAGAAGCAUUGCCCAAACAAACAUCUCAUAAAAUUCAAACCCAGCUUAAAGUAUUGCAGUCAGAGAAGGUUUCAGAGUCAGCCUGAAGAGGUCGGCCAAAGGGAGUCCCACUGGAAUCUAUCCUGUAUAUGCUGCUAGGCAAUAUUUUGAUUAAGGAUAUAAAUAAUGAGAAGAAAAAACAUUCGUUAGAUUUGUGGCUGGCAGCAAGGCAGAGACACACUGUUUCAACUCCCUUAGUGAGAACUAAAAUGUCAAAAUCAUCUUGGCAAAUUAGAGAAACAAUCUAGAAAAAACCCAGCUAUGUUCUAUGAGGACAAAUGCAAGAUGUGACAUAGGUACCAUUAACCAGCUGCACCAUUUCAGCACAAAAAAACCUCUUAAUUAGAGAGUUGCACAGAUAACACAGCUACAACAAUCCACAAGCUGAGCGAGAGCCACCACGUGUUGCUGCUAAUUCAAGUCUAACACCGCGCUUGCAGACCAGGGCGUAGGCAGAAAAACAGAUGAAACAAAAGCACAUAUCAUGGUUUCAUUUCCUCGCCUCCAGUAAGGCCUUUGCCAGAACGCUAGGACAACUCUUGGGUACCUCACUUCCAGAGAGCAUUUCACUGAGAGGAGAACAACAGUAACGGUCAACGAGCCAGAAAACACAGAAAGGCAGGCUAAAACAGACUGGGGUUGCCUGGUUUAAGAAGAAAGGCUGCAGGAGCUUGGAGAUCUUCAUAUACCAAAAAAUGACUGACCCCGGGCCAAAAAGCAGCCAGUCGGUACCCCGUAAGGGGAACAGAGCACCGGCAUCAGCCAGCAGGGAAUGGUGGGGAGCCGAGAGGCACCCACUAAUAUUUCACAGGCUUUACCCACGUAUCAGUGAUGUUCCCAACACCAAAACAAGGAUUAGGUGGCCACCUUGGGCUUCUCUCAGCACUCUCAUUAAGAUUUUAUGUUCUAACAAAGAUCUCUUGUGGAAUUUGGGGUAGGUUUCGGGGUUUCAAUUGGUUUUCUUGGGUUGGGUUUGGUUUUGGUUUUUGUGUGUGGUUUUUUGUGGGGUUUUUUUUUGUUUUUUUUUUUUCUUUAAAUCCAGUGAUGAGUUGGGAUUUUUCUCCUGGGGUAGCUUGGUAGUACAAAUUCAGCUAAGAUAUACUCUAAUUACUGUCUUGAUCAAAAAUGGCUUAGGCUCCGAAAUCAAAAGCAAUCCCUGUUUUGUCUGUCACCACUGUUUGCAUUGCUGUGUUACCUUGAAUAUCCAAUAAUGUUGUGGAAUAAAUUCUUCCCGUCAUUGUA